GUCCGAUCUGGCAACCCAGUGGCUGCUCAUUUUACCACAUAAGGGCGGCACGCGCGCCGCGAGGGGAGGAGGGCGACGCUCUGCGCUCUGCGUUCCUAUUGGUCGCAAGCUCUGGUGAUUGGCACGCGCCUGUCCGGCCUCUUCCAGGCCCUGGUUAUUGGCGCUUUAACCGGUGUCGGUCGCUGCCUCUCGGUGUCCGCGCGCGCGUACUGACAGAUCAAACGUGAGCGCUUCGAAAACUACGUCUCAGCUUCAUUUUUUCUCGUGCUUCUGUUUGAUGUCCGUUCUUAAAGGUGAAUAAAUACCGACUCGGAUUGAUCGCAGCUGAAGUGGAUGCGUUCUGGGUACUUUUUAUUUUUAUUUUAUUUUUUUUAAUAAAGCAUGGCCGAGAAGCGGCGGUCUCCGUGCACCAUGAGCCUGAAGGCGCACGCGUUCUCUGUGGAGGCGCUGAUCGGCGCGGAGAAACGGAGGAAACUCGAAGACGAGGAUAGCGAGAGCUGUUUUGGGGAGGUAAACGAGGUCGCGAGCCUGGCCGGGAGCGCGUGCGGCGGCGGGCGGAACUGUGACACGGACUGUGACGCUUCCCCGGAGUGUGAGGAUGUGAGCUCGGACAGUCCUCGGCCUGCGUCACGGAGCUCACAGCUGCUCGCGUCACCGCCGCCGACAAGCUCGCGAGCCGCGGACGAGAUGCGCGUGGAGCUGCAAGGCUCGGAUCUGUGGAAACGCUUCCACGACAUCGGCACGGAAAUGAUCAUCACCAAAGCAGGCAGGCGAAUGUUCCCUGCAAUGCGAGUGAAAAUUACAGGACUGGACCCACAUCAGCAGUACUACAUCGCAAUGGACAUCAUACCUGUAGACAAUAAACGUUACAGAUAUGUGUACCACAGUUCCAAGUGGAUGGUGGCAGGAAAUGCGGAUUCACCCGUACCUCCACGUGUGUACAUCCACCCGGACUCUCCUGCUUCUGGUGAGACGUGGAUGCGACAGGUCAUUAGCUUUGACAAACUCAAGCUGACCAACAACGAGCUGGACGACCAGGGCCAUAUCAUUCUACACUCCAUGCACAAGUACCAGCCGCGUGUCCACGUCAUCCGUAAAGAGUGCGGUGACGAGCUCUCACCCGUUAAGGCCGUGCCGACCGGCGACGGCGUGCAGGCCUUCUCCUUUCCUGAAACGGUGUUUACCACGGUCACGGCCUACCAGAACCAACAGAUUACAAGGCUGAAAAUAGACAGAAAUCCAUUUGCGAAAGGAUUCAGAGAUUCAGGGCGAAACAGGAUGGGUCUGGAGGCUCUGGUGGAGUCGUAUGCUUUCUGGAGGCCUUCACUCAGAACGCUGACGUUUGAGGAUAUACCAGGAAUGGCAAAGCAAGGUGCUGCAGGCUCUCAUGGAGUGGUUGGGUCUUCGGCACACACACACUUACUCACUACAUCCUCAUGCUCCUCCCCAGCAUUUCACCUGGCCACAGGGGCGGGGCCCGUGUGUGACUACUCAGCCUGCAGUCGAACCGGCCAUCCUCUUCACCGAUUCACCACGCCCCUCACUGCAGACUCGUACAGCCGAUUGGCCAGCCCUGCAGCCGACGCCUUUUCCUCGAGCAGAAACCCUGCUUAUGUGGGCGGGUCAGACGGAGAGGCGUUUUCCUGCACACAGACUGGCCUUCCAAUCCAGAUCCCCGGUAUGCCUGGUCAUGCCCCCCAGCUCCAGUAUUUCAUGCCCAGCCCUGCUCACAAUGCCUUCUCCACCAAUCAGAGCGCACAGAGCUCGUACAACGGCUUCCGACUCCAUAGUCCGUAUGGCCUUUAUGGAUACAACUUUUCCACCUCACCACGACUGGCUGCUAGUCCAGAAAAGAUGGCUGCCACACAGAGCUCGGUCCUGGGCUCGUCCCCAAGCGGUACUUUGACAGACAGGCAAGUUCUGUCCCCUGUGGAUGGUCUGCACAUGCUCAGUGGGAGUCAACAAUCUCUCUUUGACUCACGGACAUUAGGGCUGACAAGUUCCACCUCUCAGGUCACUGCCCACAUGGCUUGAGCUAUGAACUUUGACCUCCCCACCAUGACAUGGACACAAACAGGUGGCCAAAGCAAUCUGGAAGUCUCUCAAAGCUCUCUUUAUUGGACAGUACUAUGAGAUUGUUGACAAAGGUAAGGAAUGGCAUGCAGUAACAUGCAGUAUUGAGGAAGUAUUUAAUGGACCCAGAAAGCCAAAGGAGGAGACUGUGUACUAUUUCUAGCAUUAUUGUUACCUGGAGAUUACAGUGAGACCUUAAGUGUUGCCUCUGCGGGAAAAAAUAAAUAAAUUCAUAUCUCCUACUGGGUUAAAAAGCUCAUGCACUGAUAGCCAUGAGAUUGGACUUUAAAUGGUUUAGGUGUGGGCGUCUAUCCAUUGAAAAAACAUUUCUGCCGUCAACUAGGACGGAGCUGAACAUGGACAGAGCAAGACUGGACACCACGUCUGCCUUAAAAAGUAUUUUAAACGUUUGGGGAGCACUUCGCUGUCUCUUUACCGCACACACACACACUUUUCAGUCAUACUCUCCCAGAACUAGAGGCCAAAAUUGGACUUCUCCAUACUGUUAGUACAGCGAACAGUGCCUAUUCAUCUGAGUGAGUUUCCAAGAGAGACUCCUGGUAUGAGCUGACCCAGAAUCCGCAUUAGCUUCUUACCAACUGAGCAGCCGGGAGCCAGUGAGACCAGAAAGAGGAGGUGGCCAGCAUCACAGCAUAACCGGGCUUUUAGUUAGGAAACAAAUAAAAUGUGUAGUCCCACUGGAAUCGAGCUUUGAGCUUUGGCUGCCAGUGUAUUUGGUACUCUUUUUUUUGGUAUUAGCAGAGCUUGCAAGCAGGAAAUCAGCAGUAGUCUGUAUGGGGUUUAGAGUCGGAUGCCCAGAUUUAGCGACUCCACUGCUUAUGGCCUGAAUGACUUCCAGCUAGCAUCAUAGUUUAUGAGGCUUAAACUGAAAUUGGAAAGGUAAAGCAACAGUGAGGGAAAAAAAAUACUAAAACCGUGGCCCUUAUUUACCAAGCAGCAAUGUAGAAAUUUGAUCUGCACUUCUCUACUGAGAUGAUUUAGAGAUAUAGGCCACGGCAUUGUUCAACACACGUACAGUUACAAAUGCAUGCUCUGGCAACCUCCGACAGGCUUCUUGGCUUAUCCUGGGUCAGCUUUUAGUACCAGUGAACUGGAGCUGAAAUGUUAACGCUUCAGUUAUUCAAACACGUUUUUUUUUUUUUUUCCUCUAGCAGACAUACUGUAUUAGCUUUCAUAUGUCUGUUUUUUUUAAGCAAUUCUGUAUAAAUAAGGGAAAGAUUGAUAUUAAUGUUAUUGUUGGACGAUUUCACUCAUGCACUUACAGCAACCUUUUUUUUUUUUUUCUUUGAUGUUUGUUAAGUGGCCAAAAACUGAUACUUUGGAAAUUUUUUGGCCUGGGAAUUACAAACAAACCCUAUUGAGCCAAAUAAAAUAUAUGCAUAUUGUACAAAAUAAUAA